GCAAACUUACAACAAUUAUUUAACAUUUUUUAAACUAUGAAGAAGGGACAGAGGGAGAGCAGGCUGUGGAAGGCUGGCUGGUGGGACUCAGGCUGCAGAUCCCUUCUUCUCUGCUGCCAAAGCUUCCAGGAUGAGCCGUAUCUACAGCAGCCACCUACCUCAGCUGGCCAGUGACUUGCCCAGGCCCCCUCUGCUCUACCUGUAUGGGACAGAAAGGUCACUGAUGCCCACCUUGGGCUUUGCCACUUCCAGUGUCCUCUCCAGGCAGGAGCCUCCCCAGAAGCCACCUUACAGCUACAUAGCCCUGAUAGCCAUGGCCAUUAAGGAUUCCCCAGACCACAAAGUGACCCUCAGUGGCAUCUAUCAGUUCAUUAUGGACCGCUUCCCAUUCUACCACGACAACAAGCAGGGCUGGCAGAACUCUAUCAGACACAACCUCUCCCUCAAUGACUGCUUUAUCAAGGUGCCAAGAGAGAAGGGCAGACCUGGCAAGGGCAGCUACUGGACCCUGGACCCUAAAAGUCUGGAUAUGUUUGAAAAUGGCAACUUUAGACGCAGGAAAAGGAAGCCCAAACCUCUGUUUCCCCAGGAGGGAGCUAGGUACAAGCCAGAGCCAUCCAGAGGAGCUGCCUACAAGAGGUCAGUCAUUGGUGAGCUCCUGGUGGGAGCUCAGGGUCCUGGUUCCAGGAAGGACUGUGUUGGGGAUUUGUACUCCUCAGAUGAGGAAGGAGGCUCUGCAGAGCUGAGGACAGAGUGUGGCCACCCACAGGUGACCUCUGUCAGUCUAAUGGACAAUCCUCAUAGGUGUGCAGCUUCCUUAUACUUAUCUGUCCCACUGCUGCCUGACCAGGGGCCCUCAUCUGUCCCACUGCUGCCUGACCAGGGGCCCUCAUCUGUCCCACUGCUGCCUGACCAGGGGCCCAUAUCUGUCCCGAUGGUGCCUGACCAGAGUCCCUCAUCUGUGCCACUGCUGCCUGACCAGGGGUCGUUAUCUGCCCCAAUGCUGCCUGACCAGGUGCCCUCAUCUGUGCCACUGCUGCCUGACCAGGAGCCCUCAUCUGCAGCCCACGAUGGGAAAGAGGUCCUGCAGGAAGAAAGGCCACUGAAGGAUGUACAAGAGUUGGGUUCAGAUAGAGACUUGGAAGAUGACAGCCCAUCCAGCACCAAGGGGCAUGGGGCCCCAGACCAGAACCCAAAGGCCACAGAGGACGCCACCCCAAAGCUCCACAAGAGUUUCAGCAUAGAGAGCAUCCUGAGCUCCCAGACAGUGAAGGGGAGAGGGGGCAGUGUGCUGCCUGCUGGGGGUAAGGUGACCAUGGACUGCCUGGCAGGUGGCUACAGGUAUAACCCCAGCAUCUGCCCUGUGUUCAAUGCCUCCCUAAUGAUCGACUCCCAAGUACAGGGCAGGUUUUACCAGAUCGGUCUCCCUAUCCUCUCCUACCUGCCCCUGGCUGUCACAGGAUCAGCACUGCCCAAAUAGAGGCAGCACAUAUUAUUGCUAGGAGCUGUGGAACUAGUAGUACCAGCAUUGCUUCCAGUUCCAGGUAUGGUGGAGCCAUAAGCCCCAGCAUUACUUUCUUUCUUCCUGGUGUUGCUUGGACUUCUAGUCGUGGAAUGCUGGGACUGCUAGUUCCACAUCACUAGGAGAGCAGCAGGCGGCUGACUAUUGAUUCCAUAACUUUAUUUUCAUUGACUAUAUUUCCAUAUAACCCAGAAUAAGGUGCCCCUGAUGCCACAGUUGGUAGGGGCAGGAGAGUGGCAGGGUUAUAAGAAAUCCUACAUCACACUGAGAUUCGCACAUAUUCGCAGCCAGCUCCCUCAUAUCCUCACGCUCGCUUCGCAGCCAGAUAUAUCACAUCACAUGCCCAUCACAUUAUGCUGUGUAACCUCUUUCGUUGUUACAGGAUUAUAUUUUCAUUGUUUUUAUUUUUUUUGCCAGAUUUCACUUGUUUUAUUUUUUUUUGUUUUUUUUUAAAUUGUGAAUUUGAUUUUAUUUAAUUUACGGACAUCAUAAAAAAAUAUUAUUUUGCCUGGAUGACAUCCUUAGUUGUCAUAUAGCUGUGAUUGGAAUAUUUUAGAAUAACGCAAUGUAGAAAUAAAGGUUCAUGUGUCCUACUCUUUAUCUGCACCCCCAGAAUAAAGGCUCCGGUUCUAAAUC